AUGUCGGUGUUUCUAGGGCUCAAUGCCAUGCUGGUCACCGACUGGGACGACGGCUGCACCGUCACGAUCUACCCGGGCGACUCGUUCACCUGCGAGGGCGACCCGCUGUUCCAGAAGUCCAAGAAGGAGGCUAAGGACGACGGCUUGCUGUCUGAUGAUGGGUCGUACAUGUGCAGGACGGGGUUCCCCGGUGGGUUCGGGCCGUACUACGCCUCGUACAUCUGUAAGAAGUAG